AUGGCAGAGAAUGGAUGCUGCAAAUCAGGGCCUGGCUAUGCUACCCCUCUUGAUGCCAUUAAGGGUCCCAGAGAAACUCUUAUUUAUGUCACUGCUAUCUACACAGGUACUGGAAUUGAGAAGCCAGAUUAUUUGGCUACGGUUGAUGUGGAUCCAAACUCUCCAACUUUUUCAAAAGUGAUUCAUAGACUACCUGUUCCUAAUAUUGGUGAUGAAUUGCAUCAUACUGGUUGGAAUUCUUGCAGUUCUUGCCAUGGUGACCCGUCUGUACAGAGAAGAUUUCUCAUCGUACCUGGACUUACAUCGGGCCGUAUACAUGUGGUUGACACAAAAACAGAUCCAAGGGCUCCAUCUUUGUACAAAGUUGUAGAGCCUGAAGAUAUCUUGGAGAAGACUGGAUUAGCUUAUCCACACACAUCUCAUUGUCUGGCAUCUGGUGAUAUUAUGAUCUCAUGUAUCGGAGAUAAAGAAGGAAAUGCUGAUGGAAAUGGUUUUCUUCUUCUUGAUUCAGAGUUUAAUGUGAAAGGAAGGUGGGAGAAACCAGGUCACAGUCCAUUGUUUGGAUAUGACUUUUGGUACCAACCACGGUUCAAUACUAUGAUUAGCACAUCAUGGGGUGCUCCUAAGGCCUUUAGACAAGGUUUUAACUUGCAGCAUGUUGCUGAUGGACUCUAUGGGAGGCAUCUUCAUGUAUACAACUGGCCCGGGGGCGAACUGAGACAAACACUGGACCUUGGUGAAAAAGGGCUUUUACCUUUGGAGAUUAGGUUCCUUCAUGAUCCUGCUAAAGAUACAGGUUAUGUCGGGAGUGCGUUGUCGAGUAACAUGAUACGAUUUUUCAAGAAAGAAGAUGAAUCAUGGGGCCAUGAGAUUGUGUUACAAGUGGAACCGUUGAAAGUGCAAAACUGGUUUCUUCCUGAAAUGCCUGGGCUUAUAACUGAUUUUCUGAUUUCUCUUGAUGACCGGUUUCUGUACUUUGUAAACUGGCUUCAUGGCGAUAUAAGACAGUAUAACAUUGAGGACGUCAAAAAUCCUAAACUAACCGGUCAAUUAUGGGUUGGUGGCCUUUUCCAGAAAGGAAGCCCUGUAGUUGCUGUCAAGGACGACGGUGAAACUUGGCAAGUUGAUGUCCCCGAGAUUCAGGGGAAUAAGCUGAGAGGGGGUCCUCAGAUGAUUCAAUUGAGCUUAGAUGGAAAGAGGCUGUAUGUUACCAACUCACUAUUCAGUGCUUGGGAUAAACAGUUUUAUCCAAAGCUUGUAGAGCAAGGAUCUCAUAUUUUACAGGUUGAUGUUGAUACUGAGAAUGGUGGUCUGAAAAUCAACCCAAACUUCUUUGUGGACUUUGGAGCUGAGCCUCAUGGUCCUGCCCUUGCUCAUGAGAUGAGAUACCCUGGUGGUGACUGCACUUCAGAUAUAUGGAUUUAA